GACAGCCCUGUCCUCGGGGCUCUCCAGCAGCUCUGCGGUCACUCGAGGCACGUGGCCCGUUGUGAGCCCUGAGCUGAUGAGCGUGGCUCUUGCAGUCAAGUUUUACCUUAGAUAAGUGCUCAGGCUUCAACAGCGGACGUGGUGGGGGUUUUUGCUUGAGGAGCCUCUUACCCAUGGAAGUUACCCCAAAAAGCGCAGGAGGGGUCACAGCACACGUGACCCGGGGCAGGCCCGGCCCUAACAGCGCUGCCGAUAGGACGGAGUUUGACACGAGAAAAGCAGUUUGGCUUUUUUAAGCAAUUUGCUAGAAGGGGAAUUCCAUUCUGAAACUUCCUGUAUUGAUGGUGUGAUGUUCCCUGCUGAUUCAUUUGCAGUGUGUACAGCGGCCUCCCUGAACAGCUCUUGACAAACAUAUGCAAAUCAUAGUGGAAAUUAGCUUUUACUUCCUUCUAAGGGAAUUUUUUCUUGGCUGCUGCCAAAUCAGAUCAGCCCAAAUAGCUACCCUCUGUAGAUGUGAGAUUGGUAGCAGGGACUGAAAAACAACAACAAAAAAUCUGGUUUUCGCAUUUAUCUCUGACAGAUUAUAGUAAGCUGUGUCUGGCUGGCUGUAGCAAAACCAGUCUGACACCGGAGAAAAAUUUUAGAGCAUCUUCUGAUUGUUACUAUCAGCCUUUCUGUAAUUUAGGAUUCUUAAUGCAGGUACCUCGGGUGUGUCUCUGGGUGUUAGUUUCAUUGCUAAAUGUAUAGAUUUUAGAAUACAUAUUUGGGUACAACGCUUCAGUUCUCUUAGUAGUUUCAGAGAAGGGUGAGGAUGGGAGAAGUAAAGCUUCUUUCCAGUGGUGCUGCAGUAAUAGUUCUUAAAAUGCCUCGGCCGGGGUGAAAGCUCUUUGCUAAUUGCUUUAUGGAGGAGUUGGCUGGCGUGCUGAGGGGGGGUCAGAGCCGAAGUGUCAUUCAGGUGUAGGUGGGAAGAGUAAGACUUGGGGCAGGGGCAGUGCCCAGGUGGGGAAAAAUCUCACUGAAUUAUGAGGCCAGUUAUCUUUUACCGGAGUGUUGUCAUGAAACGCAGGCAGCUGAGAUCCUCAGAGUGACAAGUCGGGCUGUAAUGCAGAAAAGUUGAAAGCUUGCCAGCACAAUUAUCAACAGAAGAGCUGAUUACACUGUAAAUACUGGCACUUGUAAAACAGGAGUGGUAGUUUCCUCUUAGAAGUUCUGGAAACUUAUUUGAUAUGACCUAAUAAAGAAUUAAGAAGCUGCUUUUUGUGCCGGUAUGCAGCUUCUGAUGCUGUUGUCAAACUUUGUUCUCAAACUGCCAAGUGCUGUUAAGACGUUUGGCACCGACCCUGUUAGCAGGAGAUGUGGCUGUUCUGUGCAAAUAGUGCAUUUGUAACUGACUUUUGGGGCCAUAAUACAACGCAGAAGUGUUUUCCUCAGUGCUGAUGUCCUUGAGGUAAGAGUGCACAAAAUGUUUUUCUUUAGCUAUCGGAAUAACUCCACAAGCAGAACACCCUGUGAGGGUGCAGUUUACGCUGGCGGAGGUUGGCCGCUGGCACUAGCUGGCGGAGCAGGGCGAAGGGUGUUCAAGAUCACGUUGUGCUCAGGCUAAAAAUAAAGUCCUGGAGUCCAGAGUUGAAGCAAAGGCUCUGUCGGGAGCAGCUGCGGUGCUUCCAGCUGCUUUCUCCCUCCCAGGGAGGAUUUGGGGGUUCCCUGGUAUGCGGAGGUGCUCAAAGCACCGGUCGCUCUGUGAGGCUCUUGGUGCUGCCGCUCACACAAGCGGAGUGACAAACGCUGACUCUGCUGCUCUUCCCACUCUCCCCCGAAGGUUGCCUGAACUGCUGGAUCCGUUUGCUUAGUGUAUUGCCUGACUAGUCUGUGCGUAACCUGAAUAUUGAAAUCCUUAAUUUUCUUCGAUGCAGCCAUGGAAAUAAAGAAGUGUUCUCCUGCCGAGGUAUCCUUCUGGCUGUCCAGUGGUUUUGGGACAGGGGACACAAGGACAUUACAGUCUUUGUGCCGUCUUGGAGGAAGGAGCAGCCACGACCAGAUGUACUUAUAACAGGUGUGGAAAUAUGAAAACCAAAAGUAGCUUUUCAGGCUUACUGCUUUGUCACUUAAUGAGCUUGCAAAGUCUGGCUAGUCAGUAAUUAACUUAUGAAUGGAAGAUCUGAGUGGUAGGAGAUCCAGUAAGCUGAGCUGACCAGGGAGAAUUAGCCAUUAACUUUUCCCCUAAGCAAGUUCUUGCCUGGAUCACUUGGAAUAAGCCAGCGAGCAAAGACUGUAGUAACUGCUGUGCUUCCUAACUUGCUGUCUUUUUAAUAUUAUUUGAAUUUUUUCCCCUUUCGGGGGCACAUCUUCAUGCUGUGUACCUGACACUGUAGACUGUACAGAAUUUCUCCAUGCUAAAAGUUAAGGCUUGAUGGGGUUUAGUCAGAAUUAUUCAAAUUGAGGGGAGUUUACUCUGAACUUGCAAACAGCUGAAGAUUUCUAAGUAGCUCUACCCAGAAAUCUGUGCAUGGAGCAUGGCACUAGGAAAGAGAACUCCCUGCCAGUCUUAAAUGCAAGUUUGCUUUGGAUGCAAAGAAUUCUGUGGAUGAGACUUGCUGUAUUACUGCAGGCUCUGGGGUGCUGAGUGCUCUUGGGUGCCCUGCGGGCACCAGGGCUGGGGAACCACCUCUGACAGCCUGGAGGAAGGUGCAAGAGAUGAGAAUACAGCCUGGGUUGUGGAGAGAUGAAAGCACUUUGUGAACUCUGUCGUUAAUUUAUAAUGUUUCUUUAUCUGUACGAAGGCCUCUGGGCUGUGUACGUCUGUUCACAGUUGUGUUUGUUCUAGACCAGUACAUUCUCCGUGACCUUGAAAAGAAGAAAAUUCUGGUCUUCACUCCUUCCAGGCGGGUUGGAGGCAAGCGUGUUGUCUGUUAUGAUGAUCGAUUCAUUGUGAAACUGGCACACGAGUCGGAUGGCAUUGUGGUUUCUAACGACACUUAUCGGGACCUGCAGAACGAGCGUCCGGAGUGGAAGAAAUUCAUCGAGGAGCGCCUGCUGAUGUAUUCCUUUGUUAACGACAAGUUUAUGCCUCCAGACGAUCCCUUAGGGCGACAUGGCCCCAGCCUGGAUAACUUUCUCAGAAAGAAGCCUGUGGUGCCAGAACACAAGAAGCAGCAGUGCCCUUACGGGAAGAAAUGCACUUAUGGAAUUAAGUGUAAAUUCUACCACCCUGAAAGGAUCAAUCAGCCCCAGCGCUCGUUAGCUGAUGAACUCCGAGCCAAUGCAAGGCUGUCUCCUACCAGAAGUACCGGUGCCAAGGAGGAGAAAAAGGGCAAAAGGGGUUCCCAGGCAGAGCUCUUGUGCUCUCUGCCCGCAGAGAGUGACAAAAGCUCUUUGCAGAAGGUCUCUGCAGAGAGGAAGAGCUUGACACCCAAAGCCAAGCCCAGCGAUGCUGCGCUUCAGGUCAAAGGCUGUGUGUCAGGCGCUGUCCCGCCCAACGGCGGGAGCCACAGGCCCUCGGACAGGUACCAGCAGCCUCACGUGGACUCUGUGUCUUACAUCUCUCAGGAGCACCUCGACUCGGGCAUUGGGUCUCUGGAGAACCAGCUGUCUGACAUGUGGCCUUACAGAUCCGCCGGUCACUGUGACCAUUCCCACGCCGAUCCUGUGGCCGUCUGCACCUGUGGCAGGCAGAGACCCGUCUACCCCCAUCCUCCCAGCUUGGAGCAGAACGGUCUGCUCUCUUACAAGCAUGGUUCCCACAAAUCUUCUUCCUCCGGUGCUAGCUUCCUGCAGUAUAGCCCCGAGGUGUCUCACUCAGGACCACCUCACUCUUUCUCAGGCUACGCGGUGCCUGUGCACCCGGCCAGCGCCGGGCAGUACAGCCUGCCCGGUGACUACAGCGCCCCCGCGCCCCAUUCCCGCGACUACUGGUCGGAGCCGUACCCGGUGCCCGCCCAGGUGCGACCCGCCGGCGGGCGGGACCCGCGGGCCGUGCCCAGAGCCCCGGGGCCUGCGUACCCCGACUCCUGCCAGUGGGCAAUCUCCGACCAGUUUGCGGAGGAGCGGGCCAGCGUGCACGUCAAGCUGUGUGGCAUAUUCCACCCCCAUUUGGUCGAUGCUGUGAUGAGCCGAUUCCCGCGGCUGCUGGACCCCCAGAGGCUGGCUGCAGAGAUCCUGACGUACAAGUCUCAGAACCCCGGGAUCUGAGGCGGGUACGAGGCCGCCGGGCACGGGGUUCGCACGGCAGCUGCCAGAGGUGCCUUCUGAGGGCUCCCCCUCACUCCUUGGCAGUACCAGGCUCCGGCUGGAGGCUGGGUACCAGAUGUGGUAGGCUCGCAGCAAAUUCCGGGCCAGACCUGUGUCCCUCAGAGGUGAGAGCGCCCUGGGGUCCCCUCUGCCCCAGAGGCUGUUGAAGAGGCUCCGGGUGCUGAACGGAAGAGGCUGCAGCUUCAGAGCAGGAUUUUUCCUUUGGGGUUGUGUGAGUCAGACACAGCCUAAACUUCUGCACUUGUUCAGAACCAGACGUGGCCUUACUCCGCUCAUUCAGCUGUUCUGAGAUGGCUUUAGUGUGUUGCCAGGCGUGCGGCGGGGGGCUCUGGGGCUUGGGGAAGAGAAGGGGGAGCUGCCUGUGCGGUGGUGUGAGGCUUGUUUGUGAACUGAAGUGCACUGUCAAGGCUGUUCCUGGCUCUUAACUAGGCCUCUUUGCUAAACCUGCCAUGCAGAUCUGUGGAAAAUGUCGGAUUAUGAGUCUAGUACAAAGCUAGGCUUAGCUGACUUCAGUUGGGUUUUAUUGGCGCACUUCUGUAAGGGCCCUUCCCACCCGCUCCCGAGAGGCUGCUCGGUACGUACCGCAAGUGCUGAGCAAGGUGCUCAGCUCCCGGAGGUGCGAGGAGCCGGGGUGCCGUCCUGUCCCGGGACAAGGCCUGACUCAGCUGCUCUGAGCUCCGGGCCAGCCCCGUGUUUGGGAAGAGCCGGUGGAGCGUGUGGGCGAUGCCCUUGGUGGGCUCCAAGCCCUGG